GCGCUUUUGUUUAAAGAAUAAAAUCUUGUAAACAAACAGCACGAGGAUUUGAACCUUGGGCGAAAAUGCUGGCCGUCGUGGCCGCCCGGUGGCCGCUGGUGCGGAUGUCGUGGUCUCGGGCCAUGUCGAUGAACAUCUUCGACAGGUCGGCCAAGCUUCGGCAGCGCGAGAGGGCCGCCCACAACCCCGACGUGGCCCUUUUCGAUUACGUAAAGGACGAGAUCGGCUACCGGCUGGCCGAUCGCGUUUUCGACAUCAAACGUCAGUUUCGGCACGUCGUCGAUCUGGGCUGCGGCCGAGGACACGUUUCGCAGCACAUCUCGGCCGACAACGUCACCAAACUGACCAUGUGCGAGUUCAGUCCGGCCCUGCUCACCCAAGCGAAGGGACCUGAGGAAGGGGUUGAGGUUGAGCGAUUGGCCUUAGACGACGAGGGUCCUUUGCCAUUCAAAGACGUGGAUCUGGUGGUUAGUUCACUCGCCCUUCACUGGGUUAACGACCUUCCGAGCACUUUCGAGCGAGUCUUCAAAAGUCUGCGGCCAGACGGUGCCUUCCUCGGCUGCCUUUUCGGAGGCGACACCCUUUUCGAGUUGCGCUGCUCCCUGCAGUUGGCCAGUCUCGAAAGGUCAGGAGGGAUUGCGUCUCACGUGUCCCCGAUGGCCCAUGUGCGAGACGUGGGGUCACUGCUGACCCGCGCUGGAUUCGUCAUGCAGACCGUGGACACUGACGAGCUCAAAGUUGGCUACCCAUCCAUGCUGGAGCUGAUGACCGACCUGCAGGGCAUGGCUGAGAACAACGCGGCCCACAACCGACUGACCCACCUGCCCAGGGACAACAUUCUCGCCGCGGCCUCCAUUUACAAGGAAAUGUACGGAGACGACAAAGGUGUCCCCGCAACGUUUCAGGUAAUUUACUUCCUAGGCUGGAAACCUGACCCCAGCCAGCCGAAACCUCUUGAACGCGGCUCAGGGGAGAUUUCAAUCAAAGACUUGUACCGACUUGAUGAGAUUGUGAAAGAAAUUCACAAGAAAGAUGAUGAUGACCGGACAAAGUGAGAAAAAAUAGUGCGAGUGUGAUGGGAAAAAAUAUUAAGUCAGUUUUAAGUAACGAUCUUGAUUUAAAUAAAUAAUGAAUUGUUAUUUUUAAA